AUGUCUUUGGUUGCACCUAAUUCCUUGACGAAUAUGUCCUCUUCUUUGUCAUCUCUUUCCCUUGGGGGUUGUGGAUUGCAGGGGAAAUUCCCGGGUUACAUCUUUCUCCUCCGAGCUUGCAAUAACCACUUGCACGGUACAAUCCCAAGUUUGGUUUUCAAACAACAGAACUUGGAAGUCCUUAUUCUUGCGUCCAAUAGUGGAUUGACAGGUGAGAUUUCUUCUUCUAUUUGCAAGCUGAGAUUCCUUCAGGUCCUGGACUUGUCCAACAACAGCUUGAGUGGUUCUCCGCCACAAUGUUUGGGGAACUUCAGCAACAUGCUCUCAAAGGGAAAAUACCACCGUCUAUCAUCAAUUGCACAAUGUUGGAAUCUUGAUCUUGGCAACAACAAGAUUGAGGAUGCAUUUCCCUACUUUCUAGAAACGCUUCCAAAGCUGCAAAUUCUUGUCCUAAAAUCGAAUAAACUCCAAGGUUUUGUGAAGGGUCCAACUGCACAUAAUUCCUUCUCUAAAUUACAGAUUCUUGACAUCUCUGACAAUGAUUUUAGUGGGUCAUUGCCAACUGGGUAUUUCAAUAGUCUUGAAGCAAUGAUGGCCUCGGAUCAAAACAUGAUUUACAUGAAUGCAACAAAUUACUCUAGCUAUGUCUAUUCCAUAGAAAUGACAUGGAAAGGUGUAGAAAUUGAGUUUCCAAAGAUACAAAGUACCAUCAGAAUACUCGAUUUGUCAAAAAACAAUUUCACUGGAGAGAUUCCAAAGGUGAUCGGAAAGCUUAAAGCACUCCAACAACUCAACCUUUCUCAUAAUUCCCUUACAGGUCAAAUCCAAUCAUCAUUAGGAAAUUUGACCAAUUUGGAAUCAUUAGAUCUAUCUUCAAAUUUGCUUACCGGAAGGAUUCCAACGCAGCUGGGGGGUCUAACAUUUCUUGCAAUCCUAAACCUUUCACAUAACCAGUUCGAGGGGCGUAUACCAAGUGGAGAGCAGUUCAACACCUUUACUGUAACCUCAUUUGAAGGAAACUUGGGUUUAUGUGGAUUUCAAGUACUAAAAGAAUGCUACGGUGAUGAGGCACCAUCAUUCCUGCCAUCAAGCUUUGAUGAAGGAGAUGAUUCAACAUUGUUUGGAGAUGGAUUUGGAUGGAAAGCUUUGACAAUGGGGUAUGGAUGUGGGUUUGUGUUCGGAGUUGCAACAGGAUACGAUGUGUUUAGAACAAAAAAACCUUCAUGGUUUUUUAGGAUGGUUGAAGGUAUAUGGAAUCUCAAGAGCAAGAAAACAAAGAAGAAUGUUCCUCUUGGUGAUUCAGUUUUAGUUGAUCAGGUAUCCCAAUUUCAAGGGCCUGAGGAAGACGCCAGAGGAUUGCUUCAUCGAGUUCUGAAGGUCGACGAAUGUAGCAAUGGCGAGGCACCACCAUUACCGCCAUCAAACUUUAUUGCAGGAGAUGAUUCAACAUUGUUUGAAGAUGGGUUUGGAUGGAAACCUGUGGCAAUUGGGUAUGGAUGUGGGUUUAUGUUUGGAGUCAUAAUGGGAUAUGUUGUGUUUAAAACAAGAAGACCUGCAUGGUUUCUGAAAAUGGUUGAAGAUCAAUGGAGUCUUAAUGCAAGCAGAACAAAGAAGAAUGCUAGUAGAAAUGGUGCAAGAAGAAACUAA